AGUGCGCACGUAUUGGUCCUCAUCCCAUCCCAGUUAAUUGUUUUACCCAAUUAACCAAUCUAUUUGCAGAUCCCUGCUAAUAAAACUAGGUUGAAACCGUGCAAUCAUGAGUGCCACCGAGUUGUUCAAGCGAACCGAAAUCAUUGGAAGGGGGAAGUUUGGGGUCGUUUACAAAGCCCUCAACCGGCAAACCAAACAGGUGGUGGCCAUUAAAGUAUUAAACUUGGAUACCCAGGAAGAUGAGGUGGCAGACGUCCAACAGGAGGUGCAGUUUCUUGCUGAGUUGAAAAAUGUUCCCAACGUCACCCAUUACUAUGGGUCUAUAUUGAAUGAUACUCGUCUCUGGAUCAUAAUGGAUUAUUGUUCUGGAGGAUCGGUUAGAACUCUUCUUAAAGCCGGAGUUUUUGAAGAGAAGCAUAUUGGAGUGGUCAUCAGAGAGCUGUUGAUUGGUUUAUCAGCCGUACACAAACUAGGGGUGAUUCAUCGAGAUUUGAAGGCUGCAAACAUCUUAAUCUCCAAAGAAGGAAACGUACAAUUAUGUGACUUUGGGGUGGCAGCAAAAGUCUCGGCUAACUCUUUGAAGAGAACAACAAUGGCCGGGACUCCCUACUGGAUGGCCCCCGAGGUGAUCAGGGAAGGUGAUACAUAUAAUUCAAAAGCAGACAUUUGGUCCUUAGGUAUCACCAUCUAUGAGAUUGCCACCGGUAACCCUCCUUAUUGUGAUAAAGAUGCUCUGUGGGCAAUGCAAAUGAUCUCAAAGCUGACACCUCCGAGAUUGGAAGGCCGGGACUACUCUCCUAAUUUAAAAGAAGCCAUUGCCUUAUGUCUUGAUGAGAAUCCUGAAGAACGACCUCUGGCUGAUGACCUCUUGAAGUGUAAAUUGGUGAAGUUCUACCGCACUUAUCCUACCGUUACUCUAAAGGAAGUCAUCAGCAGGUACUUGGUGUGGAGAGAUAAUAAUAAUAGAAAAGACUCGACGGUUUUUGUGAGUUUGGAGAAUGAUUUAGGUGACCCUCAAGCAGAAGGUGAUCCAGGUGAUGCGAAUCACAUUCAAGUUAAAUGGGAUUUUGAUUCUCUAAGCAGUAGAGAGUAUAUCAUUGAAAAUGACAUCGACUUGGAUGGUGUGGAUGACAGACUUGAUAAUACCUACUCCUUGGGCGAUUACCAAAACAACGAUACCUAUAGAACUGAACCAACAUUAAAGGCUGACCAAUACACUAGCACUUUACGAAACAAUUAUUCCCACUAUGAUAAGCUCCUCAAAGCAGCUCCUAGCUCAGCUGCUCCAAAGAAUGAUAUUCCCAUAUCAUUGCAAAGUCUCUUUGAAGAGUCUCCAGA